GGCCAUGUUUGGCGCGGGCAGAUCGCGUCUCCAUUGAAGAAGAAGCUGCAGUAAAGCCAGGCAGUGCCAGCAGGAGCGGACUUCAAAGCGGUCAGACACUAAAUAUCUCACAUCCUCAGUUCUUCCCAUAUUCCCUGUAGGUCAGCUCCACCAGCUCCAACCCAGCAGCCAUGGCAGAUGACGCAGACAUGCGCAAUGAGCUUUCGGACAUGCAACAGCGUGCCGACCAGCUGGCCGAUGAGUCACUGGAAAGCACUCGUCGCAUGCUCCAGCUAGUGGAAGAGAGUAAAGAUGCUGGUAUCAGGACUUUGGUUAUGCUGGAUGAGCAAGGAGAACAACUGGAGCGCAUCGAAGAGGGGAUGGACCAAAUCAAUAAGGACAUGAAGGAUGCAGAAAAGAAUUUGAACGAUCUAGGAAAAUUCUGUGGUCUUUGCUCCUGUCCAUGUAACAAAAUGAAGAGCGGAGGCAGCAAGGCCUGGGGCAACAACCAGGAUGGUGUGGUGAACAGCCAGCCUGCCCGUGUGGUUGAUGAGCGGGAACAGAUGGCCAUCAGCGGAGGCUUCAUCCGCAGGGUAACAGAUGAUGCCCGGGAAAAUGAAAUGGAUGAGAACUUGGAGCAGGUGGGCGGCAUCAUUGGUAACCUCCGCCACAUGGCCCUUGACAUGGGUAAUGAGAUUGACACCCAGAAUCGCCAAAUUGACAGGAUCAUGGACAAGGCUGAGUCCAAUAAGACCAGGAUUGAUGAAGCUAACCAGAGGGCCACAAAGAUUCUUGGCAGCGGUUAAACGUCUGAAUGGCCUGAUUUUACUAACCGUGCAGUUUGUCAAAAGGCACAAACAUGCUUUUAUCUCGGUAUUUACCUUCUAGGUUUGCACACAUGCACAUAUCAUCCCUACAUUGUAAAUGUUGUUCUGUGUGCUGUCUGUCGGCUUUUUCAAUGAUAGUCCUCGUAAAAAUGAUUUCUUAUACUCUGUAUCAUUCUUUCCAAAGGUUGUAUAUAGUGCUGGCUCAAUGGCUCUAGCUCACUUGUGAAGUUUUUAUUCUUUUCUGUUUUUGUCACCUAUAUAUGUAUGCAUAUAUGUGUAUACAUAUACACCUGCUUGUAUAUGUAUACAUAUAUAUAUUAUAUAUGAUAUAAACCUCUUUACUGGAUGAAAUAUAUAAUAGGAAUGCUCUACAAACUGUCUUUCCUUUUCAGUAUCUCAGUAUCGUCUUAGUAAAACUGUGUCAUUUCAUUAGGCUACUGUCAUGCUCCUUAUUUUGAUGUUGUCAUGGCAAAUGAUGAAUGGGUAAAAGACGAUUAAUUAUAUGACAAUGAUACCGGUACAAAAGCACUUACAGUAUCCUUCUUGGUUUCUUUUCAUCACAAACAUAAUCAGUUACUGUUUAGACAAAGUGCAACUAGAUUCUGUAGCUGUUAUAGACAUUGCAUUCCAAGUGGUGUGAAUUGUGCAUAAUGCAUGACAAAUAGUAGAUUUUAGAGUCUUAUAAAUAAAACUUGUCUUAAAAAUAUUGAAAAAAAAAAUCAUGGCAGUAGCAAAAAUUGACAAAAGCAUGCUCAGUAUUAGGACACAGUUGAACGUUCCAUAUUCCUGCAAGUUUGCAAUAGUGCUCUCUUUCUGUCAAGAUAUAUAUUAACAGACUGUGACCAUCGAUGUAACAUAAUGCAACAUGACCGAAAGAAGAACUGUAACAGACAUGAUAACAAAUGAUGGUUCUGCAAAAAUGACCUGUUUUCUAAAUGAUUAUGCAGCCUGGAAAAGAUAAUGACUGAAGUGCUGAAUGGUUGAGACUAGAUGUUUUCUGUAUCAUAGGUUUUGGAUGCUCUGAGAAAAAUAAAUAAAUAAAUAAAUAAAUAAAAAUAAACAAACAUUUGCAAUGUAAAGCAAAGAUGCAUAUUUCUGAGAGAUCUUACUUUUAUAAGAAGACUGUAUUCUGUUAGUUUACUUUCCCUGUGUGCUUUGUUAUUGGGUAAAAAGAAAAAAAAAAAGAGAAAAUAAUCAGUGACAAAAAAGAGGUUUUUGUUGCUUCUGUACUUUAGAGCUAUGCACACCAAAUUGCUACGAUGUUGAAUAGUCUGUAUAAGAAGACAAAUAAAUACCUUACCUGAAUGACACAUAGGUUAAACUGUGAGACUGGUGUCCUUAAUGCAUGUCAUAUUAAAAGCUCCCUCUGUAUCCUGUCAGUCUGUAACGUGGUUGACAUUUUGUAGCUAGCUGAAUUAAUUAAAAUGAAUAUAACCCCUCCUG